GAAAUGAUUGCGUUCGGACCUUGAUACCACUGGAAACAAAUGCAGUCAAGAAGCUUCAUUAUAGAGUAUUGAGGCGCAAGGUGUGCUAGAUCAACGUCAACUGCAGACGCAACUUCACUCAAUAACAACAAUCUCCACGGCGCUCUUGUGAGCGGUGGAUUCCUACUUUCCCUUAUCCAAUUCAAUCCAUUUCUCGCAAAACCACCGAACAAAGGAACUCCGAACACGGCGACCCUUUUUUCCUCUCCAAACCCUAAUAUUUCCCAUUUCGACUUGGCAAAUCUCGUUGUGGACAUGGAGAGAUCUGAUAGUAAAGACUGGAGUAGCAUCAAUAAGGGCUCUUCCUCAGAUGAUAAACUCUUUGAUGCUUCACAAUAUGCUUUUUUUGGUCGACCUACUACUGAGAAAGUUGAGUUUGGGUGCUUAGAAGAAGAUGAAGAUAAUCCUUCUACUGGAGUUCCUGAUGAUGAAUACCAUUUAUUUGACAGAGAAGAGGAGCCAGGUGCAGGAUCCCUAUCGGAUUUAGAUGAUCUAUCAACUAUAUUUUCAAAGUUAAACAGAUCAGUAAGCGGACCUAGACAUCCUGGAGUUAUUGGUGAUCGGGGGUCAGGAUCCAUUUCAAGAGAAAGUUCAUCUGCUUCAGUAGACCUACCAGAGUGGCUAGACCAACACAUCUCAGACACAGAAAGCAGCCAUGGAAGCAGAAGAUGGUCUUCACAAUCUCAUCUCCCUUCAGACCCUAAACCCUUAUACAGAGCUUCAUCAUACCCUACAGAGCAACACCAAUUCUUCACAGAACCCAUACUCACACCAACCUCAUCUCUCCCUUCAUUUUCACCCGGGGCCCACAACAGUCUCCCCUCGCCACGUCAUCGUUCCCAUUCCCAUUCCCAAAUGCCCUUUUCAGACCUUAAUCUCUCUCCUUUAUCAAACACCUCUAGUCUUCACCUAACCAGUGUCCCACAAGGGUCGCGUUUUGGCUCAACCCGAACCCACCCGGUCCACCCCGGGUUAACUCAGUACUCUCAAACACAAAACCAAUGGGCUAACCAAGUGUUGGCCAACAAUCUUCAACAAAAGCUGCUCUUGUCCCAGUGUUUAAUGUCCCCACAUUCGCUUCGUCAGCAUACAUUUAACCCGUUUGCUCUUCAGCCAUAUUUAUAUGACACAAAUAUCCCUUCUCAUUCAUUAACUAAAUAUGGUCUGAAUGACACAAGAGAUCAAAGAAAGAGCAAACACAGUGGACGAAUCUCGAGACAGGGUUCCGAUAAUACCAAUCAGAAAAGUGAAAAGUGUCGGGUCAACUUCAGGUCAAAAUACAUGACCUCUGAAGAGAUCGAGUCGAUUCUCAACAUGCAACAUGCUGCAACUCAUAGUAAUGAUCCGUAUAUAAACGAUUACUAUCACCAAGCCCGUUUAGCCAAGAAAGAUACCCGGUCAAAAAACCGGUUCCACCCGGCCCAUUUCAAAGAUACUCCGGUCAGGUCACGUAACGGGUCCGGGUCUGGGUCAGGUUCCGGGUCAGAUUCACAGCCUCAGAUCACCAUCGAUUCACAUGGAAGAAUCUCAUUCUCUCUCAUCCGUAGACCACAACCCUUGUUUGAACCUGAUAAUCCUUCCAAUGAUGGUGAGAAAAGAUCAGAGAAAACCCUAGAACAAGAACCGAUGCUUGCAGCUCGAAUCAUGAUCGAGGAUGCCCUUUCUGUGCUUCUUGACAUCGACGAUAUCGAUCGUCUCCUCCAAUCUCAGUCACAAGACGGUGGUUCUCCGGCGAGACAGAGGCGGCAGGUGCUUCUAGAAGGGCUCGCAGCAGCUCUCCAGUUGGUCGACCCGUUGGGGGUAAACGGGUCCGGGUUAGCCCCGAAAGACGACAUGGUUUUCUUACGGGUAAUUUCUCUUCCAAAAGGUCAAAAACUCAUGUCUCGAUACCUCAAUCUUCUCUCUCCUACUUCUGAUCUUGCAAGAAUCGUAUGCAUGACAAUAUUCCGUCAUUUGAGAUUCUUAUUCGGAGGGGUUCCUAAUGAAACUGUCACUACGCUUGCGAAAACUGUCGCGAGUUGUAUAACUUCAAUGGAUUUGAAUUCUCUGAGCGCGUGUUUGGCUGCGGUGGUGUGUUCGCCGGAGCAACCGCCGCUCCGGCCACUCGGGAGCCCUUCCGGCGACGGUGCGUCGGUGGUUUUGAAAGCGGUUCUGGAAAGGGCGACUCAGUUGUUGACCGGAGUCAACAUGGGGAUGCAGAAUCCGACACUUUGGCAGGCUUCAUUUGAUGCGUUUUUUGGGCUUUUGACUAAAUAUUGUUUGAGUAAGUAUGAUAGUUUGGUGAAUGCUAUGUAUGCACAGAUUCCACCAACUACAGAGAUUGUGUUUUCUGAAGCUGCAAAGGCCAUUAGUAGAGAAAUGCCUGUUGAGCUUCUUCGUGCUAGUCUUCCUCAUACCGAUGAUCGUCAGAGGAAGAUGUUGGUUGACUUUUCUCAGAGGUCAAUGCAUGUCGCCGGAUUUAAUGGACAUAAGGGCGGCAGUGGACAGGUGGCGCCUGAAUCCGUAAGAGGAUAGAUAAUCCGGUGGUUAAUGGCUUUGCCGCCAGUUAAAGGUGGUUUUAUGGAGCCUAUGGUGGCCGAGUUUUAUGGUUUUAUCAACUUUAGAUUAUAAAUACUGUGUGUGUGUGUGAGAGAGAGAGAGAGGGGGUGCUGUUGUUUCCCUGUAGGGUGAGGUUAAGGAUAAAUAUUUGGUGGGAAAAUGG